AUCCGCCACCGCGGUUUCAGUGGCGCAUCGCGCUCUGUGUGUUUUUGCUUCGCGCCGCACUCUUUCUGGGGAAAAAUGACGACAAAAAGCCGGAAAAUCACCACUGACGGCCAUCAUUCGGCCCCCACGGCAAAGGUGCACUUCCUACCCGCCGACACGGACACCAGUGGAGCGGCCAAUGUGGAGAAACACUUUGAGAAGUUUGAGAAAACAGACGCAAAUGGAGUGGUCAGGAACUCACUGAGAGGCUAUCCUCUUGUGGGCGAGAACUUCACCGUCCCCUCAACCCACCAAGGCAUUGUUCUCACCACGGCGACGAGCGACUCUGCCACAAUGGAGAUCUCAAAGCACUUCAGCGAAUUCUCUUACUGGAACUACGACACUUUGCCGUCCAGGAACGAUUCCCUGCGCCAGGCAAUGGACUGGCUGGACAUCUCGCGCGCCCUGCACGGCGAAGAAGACUCAGUUUGACUUG